CCACCAGCAGCUGCCAUGAUCAUGGAAGGGCUAGAAACGUUGGUUGCGCCACCGCAUCACACAUUCCUGCUGACCGAGUCGGCAGCCGCCGCGCACUUCAACGUGCUGAGCUUCGACACGUGCGGUCUGUUCAAGACCGGCACCACCACCACCUCGCUCGGGCUGAACAACAACAGCACGGCGACCCCGAACAACAACCACCAUCACCACCUGUACCACCCGUACCACCACCACCAGGCGGCCGGUACGACGUCCUUGUCGCACCACCACCACCAGCAUCAUCACUCGACUUCUCAGCAGCAACAGCAUCAACAGCAUCAACAGCAUCAACACAGCUCAUCCGCCAGCUCGUCGAUUGUGGCGUCUUCGUCCGCCUCGUCCUCGUCGUCCGCGGUGGCUUCCUCCGCGGCCAACGCGACCGCCAUCACGACCCACACGACCGCGACGACGAGUGUGACUGCAUCGCACCAGCCCCAGCAUCAACACCAGUCGCAGCACCCUCAUCAGCAGCAACAGCAGCAGCAGCACCACCACCAUCAUCAUCAUCAUCCGCACCUGAGUCUGCUGAGCACCGGCGGCGGCGGCGGCGCUGGGAACGGUAGUGCUUCCGGUUCCACCGUCGGCGGCCAUCAUCACCCGGGCGGCGAGUCGGCCGGCGGCGGCGAAGGUGACCACUCGCAGUCGCAGACCGACGCACAGACCGGCGAUCUCAACACCCCCGUGACCACCUCCGGUGACAUACCUUCGUUCUUCGGUCCGUCGACCGUCGUCGAACCGCCACCGAUUACCGGAUCGAUCGAAUCGGACGAUCUCUCGCUGGAGCCGCAGACCGUCUCCAGCCCGUGUGUGAGCCUCUGCAGCCCGACGAAGCAGGAGCGCACCACCCCGCAAUCGAUCGCCAACGAGGAAGAGGCUAGCAACACCAGCAGUACCAACACGAUGUAUCCAUCCUCCGGCGCUCAGCAGCAACAGCAGCAGCAGCAACAGCAACAACACCAACAGUCGCUCCACGGACAAAUCCGGGUCGCCGGGUUGGCCAGCGUCACGGGUGGUGCCGACAUGCAGCACGGCGACGGUGGGGUGCAGUCGGCGGCGGAUGUUUCGAUCGAGAACAAGAUCUCCUACCGUGGCGUCUUUACGACGACCGGUGCCAGCCCCGGCAUGGGGCUGCAACCGUCCGGCGUCCUGUCGUCCUCGUCGGCGGGUCAGAUGUCACCGACGAGUGGUGGUGGCGGUGGUCUGGGGCCAGCCAGCUGGAGUCUCCCCAGCCCGGACAAGGGUCUGUUCCAGGCGCCGAUGUUUGGGCUGCUCGGACCACAGGCCACCGGCAGUGCGGCGCCAUCGGCGGGCGUUUCGGCGAGCUCGCCACCGCUCACCAGCCUCACCGGACAGCACCACCCGCAGCACUCAGGCCAGCAGCACCACUACAGCUCGCUGACGGCUGGUGAUGAGCGAGGCCAUGGCUCCGUUCACGGCCACGCCGGCUCGGCGGAACUGCUCGGCCUCAACAUGGACUGUGCCAGUCUGCUGCUGAAGCAACCGCCCAGCUACAACAGUUGCGUCGGCACGCUCGAUAUGCAGUCCCAGGACAUGCUGGCGUACGGGCGGGGCGGUGCCAGCGGUGCGCUCGGCAUGGGCCAGAAGUACCAGUGGCUGGACUCGCCCGUCGAUCCGUACGCCGGGAGUCCCCAGCACGGCUCGGUGGUCCUGCCGGGACCGUCGUCCACGCCGCUCUCGGUUGGUCCGAUCAUUCCGAAGCAGGAACCGUACUCCGCGUCGAACCCGUGCACGUCGGACUCGAGCCAGCUCGGAGGGUUGACACCGGCCCAGGCCGCCCAGCAAGCGCAGUACGCGGUGCAGCUGGCCGAGUAUAACCAGGCCACGAGCAAGGGACACGAGAUCCUGUCGCAGGUGUACCAGCAGAGCACGAUGCCGCUGAAGCUGGUGCCGGUCAAGCCGCGCAAGUACCCGAACCGGCCGAGCAAAACGCCCGUCCACGAGCGGCCGUACGCGUGUCCGGUGGAGAACUGCGACCGGCGGUUCUCGCGCUCGGACGAGCUGACGCGACACAUCCGCAUCCACACCGGCCAGAAGCCGUUCCAGUGCCGGAUCUGUAUGCGCUCGUUCAGCCGGUCCGACCACCUGACGACGCACAUCCGCACGCACACCGGCGAGAAGCCGUUCUCGUGCGACAUCUGUGGCCGCAAGUUUGCCCGCUCGGACGAGAAGAAGCGCCACGCCAAGGUACACCUGAAGCAGCGCAUCAAGAAGGAGAAGAACACCGGCGGGUCCAACUCCGGACACCAGCACGCGCACCAGCAACAGCAACAGCAGCAGCAACAUCAACAGCAGCACCAACAUCAGCAUCACCCUCAGCAGCAGCAGCAACAGCACCAUCAUCAGCAGCAGCACGGUCACCACGGUGGUCAUCCGGGGCUGCAUCCGCAUCACCUGCUGACGCACGACGACCUGGCCGGCAUCCCGAUCGUAUCGUCGUCCUCCAACCCGGCGACCAGCAGCUUGUAG